ACAUCGCUUCAGACACUUGUCAAUAUUGUCAAGAGCAUUUUUCGCGAGUUGACAUAUUGAAAUAUGAGGCUUUAUAUAAAAAUUAUUUAUUAUAGACAUUAUACUCCAAAUUUUCAUGCAACUUUACUAUCACAUGAAAUUUUGAUUAUAAUUUGAUUUGUAUUCUUAUUUUUUGUAAAUAUGUAUAAGGUAUAAAUAUAGAUUUGGUAUCACAAUACGUCAAAUGUCAAUGAACAAAUUGUCGAUCACGUUAAUAAGAGGCUUAACAAAAUUUUAUCAUUUUAUUAUUAUAGGCAAAACAAUAUUUAUAUAAUGUAUUGAAUUAUAAAAUAUUUGUUUAUUUAAAUAAUCAUAAAUAUUUAUUACCAAAUAUUCGAUAUUUAAAUAAUGCAUAAUAUUGUUGAAGUUUCUAUAAAAUUUUAAUUUUGAAAAUCUAAAUUUAUAUUUAAGUAUUUCUUUCAAACAUUUUAAAAAAUAUGUAUAUUAGUGAUUUACGAAUCGCAGUAAUAUGUUCAAGUAACAUGAAUCGUAGCAUGGAAGCACAUGCUUUUUUAUCUAAAAAAGGUUUUGAUGUUAAAUCGUACGGCACAGGUGAUAAGGUAAAAAUUCCCGGAUCCUCUAUCGAUAAACCCAACAUUUACGACUUUGGUACUUCGUAUGAAGACAUUUACCUUGAUUUGCUCCAAAAAGACAAAUCACUUUAUACUCAAAAUGGAUUACUACAUACUCUUGAUAGGAAUAGAAGAAUAAAAAGUCAUCCGGAAAAAUUUCAGGAAACUCCAGAGAAAUUUGAUAUCCUUAUAACCUGCGAAGAGAGAGUUUAUGAUCAAGUCGUGGAAUUUAUGGAAAAUAAAACGCCAACAGACAAUUCCAUUGUGCAUGUAAUUAACAUUGAUAUAAUGGAUAAUUUGGAAGAGGCAACUAUUGGAGCUUUUUUAAUUAGUGAUAUGUGUACAAUGAUGGCUAAAGCUGAGGAUUUAGAUAACGAAAUCGAGGAAGUACUUCAUAAUUUCGAGGAAAAAAGUCAGAGAUCCAUUUUACAUAGUAUAGUUUUUAAUUGAAUUACCUUUAUACAUAAUUUAUUUUUAUAAAACUU